AUGGCCCGCAUUUGGUUUGUCACUGGCUCUUCCAAGGGUCUUGGUCUCGCAAUUGUCGAGGCUGCCCUCGCUGACGGCGACAACGUUGUCGCUACUGCUCGCAACCCAGCCACUGUCAAUCAUCUCGUUGAAAAGUACGGACCGGACCGCAUCCUGCCAUUGGCCCUCGAUGUUGCCAACAACGAACAAGUCGAGAGCACUGUCAAGGCCGCCGUUGACAAGUUCGGCCGCAUUGAUGUUGUGGUAAACAAUGCUGGCUACGCCAUCCCCCGAUCACUUGAAGAUAGUUCCAUUGACAUUUACCGCGACCAAAUCGACGUUAACCUGCUUGGAACCGUCUAUGUCUCCAAGGCUGUGACCCCAAUUCUACGCAAGCAAAAGUCCGGCCGCAUCUUGCAAGUCUCGUCCGUGGGCGGCCGCAUGGCGACACCCGGCUUGUCGGCGUACCAGGCUGCCAAAUGGGCUGUUGGCGGCUUCAGCGGCGUUUUGGCCAAGGAGCUCUCACCAUUCGGCAUCAAGAUCACCGUGUUGGAGCCUGGCGGCAUGAACACCGACUGGGCUGGCUUUGCGGGCGACCAGAUCAUCAGCGAGCCGUACCAGCAGUCUGUGGGAGAAUUCCAGAAGAUCCGAGAACAGUACAAGAGCUACCGCUCAGAGCCUGCCAAGGUGGCUGAUGUGAUUGUCAAGAUCUCCAAGGAGGACGAGCCGCCGCUGCGAUUGCUGCUGGGCCCCGAGACGUUUGAUUUGGCGAAGCAGGUCGGGGAGGAACUUGCUGCAUCGGAUGAGAAGUGGAAGGCUGCGACUCUUUUGUCUAUUUAA